UAUACAUUCAGUAAUUUUUUACUUUAGAAUUUGUUAAGUGGCUAUUGUUUAAUAGACAAAGAUUUCAAGUGUAUUCAGUAGAGGAAGAUAUACUCACCUACAUGAUUCAAGAAAAUUUUCUUACAUUUAAUAAACAUUUUUUUCUCUUAAAGGGAAGUCAGUAUUGCUACAUGGAAUUCUUAAAUAUUGUCAGCUUUGGUAGUUUUAUUUAAGACAUGAAAACAGGAAAUCAAACGGUUGAAACAGAUUUUACACUUCUCGGUCUUUUCCAGUAUGGUCCAAUGGACUCUUUCCUCUUCAUUGCCAUCGCCAUCCUGUUUUCAGUGGCUCUGACGAGGAACAUCACACUGAUUCUUCUCAUUCGACUGGACCCCAGACUCCACACUCCAAUGUACUUUCUCCUCAGUCAGCUCUCUUUCAUCGACAUGAUGUACAUCUCCACCACUGUGCCCAAGAUGGCAGUUAACUUUCUGUCCAAUAGUAAGACCAUCACUUUUCUAGGCUGUGAGAUUCAGACAUUUGUGUUCUUGGUCCUUGGUGGAACUGAAGCCCUUCUUCUUGGGUUCAUGUCUUAUGAUCACUACGUGGCCAUCUGUCAUCCUUUAUGUUACCCUGUGCUCAUGAGCAAGAGGAUCUGUUGGUUCACGGUCAUGUGUGUGUGGGCCAGUUGUUCUGUCAAC